GCUCUCAUACCUCGGAUUUCUCAACAUCAGACAACGAACGGGCAAAGGCCACGAAUUAGUCCAAGACGGCCCUCUUCAACUUUCAACCUGCAAUACCUCCCAUUUCUUCGAGUACCAACCAAAGUGCUUGUGGCUGUCUAUCUCUCUACUGUGCAACUGGAGCUCAACCGGCGGAAUCUGGCCCAGUCUGUCGCAAGAUACUGA